AUGGAUAACGAUUCGUCACCAAACAUUCCAAAGAAGCCUCCCACACCGCAAACCCCUUCAGGCAGACUUUUAAAAAUCCCCAUAGCACCGACUUUUGCACAAAAGACAGUCACGUGGUUAAAAAAGUUGAAGAUGACCCUUAAAUACGACCCGUUGGCAGUUUUCGGGCUGUCCAAUAAGUCCCCCAUUGAACUGGCUGAUAUCCGGGAACAAGGCAGAAUAAUCUUCGAAGACUUCAUCUACAUCCGUCUGAAAGAAGCCGCGUUUGGUCUGGAGCAGAAUAGUGACGACGACGACGACGACGAUGACGUGAAAGAUGACCAACAUGGCGGCUGUGAUGACGUCAGACGCAGCAUUCUGGAGCGCUCUAUCUCUAGAAAAGUAAGAGAGAAAACUCGAAAAAAUUCCUUCCUCGUCUCGAGUUCAUCUCUGAAUAUUUCUACAAAAGGAGGUAACUUGAAGUUGGGUAAAAAUAAAUCGAUGUCCGGCUUGAGUGCUGGCAACAUUAUCGGUAACAAUGCAAAGUUACCGACCGGUUUUAGUAACGGCUUUCGUUCAGAGUUCGGUAGCCUACCGACCCCCACCACUUCCGGGGACAGCGACGGACCGAUUAAAAAAUCAAUAUGGCAGCUCGGAGCCGGAAGUGAGUUCGAGAACUGGCACAACAGUCACGUGACUACGCUGUGUGACGUCAGCAGGGAAAUGCAUGCCAUUGGUCUGAAGUUGGAGACCAUGUAUCCUAGCUUGUACAAGAACGUAUCGGGGCGCGCCCAUACCAACAUCAGGAACGAAUCACAGUGCAGGAAACUUGUGACGUCAUUUGGUGAUUUCAUGUUUAAAAAUGGAGUCGUCACUUGGGGCAGAAUAGUAGCCAUGUUUGUUCUUUCAUCUUCGCUGAUCGUUGAAUGCUGCCAAAACGGCGACUUCCGGUUUAUAAAAACUGUCAUGGCGGCUCAUUCAGAAGUACUAGAAAAGCACGUGAUCAACUGGAUUGCGGAGCAAGGAGGAUGGGGUAUUUUGACCAAAACAUUUCGUGAAGUGACCCAAGAAACUAGAACGCUGUGGGCCCUACUGGGCUUGGGGGCUUCUGUGGGGUUUGCCGUCAUGUGGGUGGCCAUGGAACAGUUAUGA